AUGUUCACGAUAGCUGCUGUCGCCACAAACGUUUCUGCUCUCCCAGUAGGAACCAUUCUCGACACGUAUGGUCCACGGGUGUGCGGGAUAAUUGGCAGCAGCUGUCUUCUUCUGGGUGCGCUUCUUCUUGCGCUAGCCAGCCGUCUUCCAUUCGAUGCGUACGUACUUGGCUAUCUCUUGCUUGCGUUGGGAGGUCCUUUUAUUUUUAUUUCGUCGUUUCACCUCUCAAAUACCUUUCCAACUCGGUCCGGGUUGAUAUUGUCUUGUUUGACCGGCGCUUUCGAUGCCUCCAGUGCCCAGUUUUUGAUAUUUCGUAUCAUCAACGACAAGACACACGGCUCCUUCUCUUCCCAGAAGUUUUUCUCAGUCUAUCUUGUGAUUCCUCUGCUCAUCUUGAUUGCGCAAAUAACGAUCAUGCCUAGCACCUCUUAUAAGACCGCUGGAGAGCUUGUUCAGCAAGCAGAGGACCACAUAGUCGCUGAAGCAACUGAUCGUGUUGAUGACCACAUAUUGGACCGUGAUGAGGGCGAAAGACAACGAAAUGAUCGCCGUAUGCACCGCCAGACUGUCGUUAGCAAGAUUCAAGAUCUCCUCACCAACGGUGACGAGACUGCAUCUGUCAUUAGUGAGGGGUUGACACUCAACGAUGGCCGGGGUACCGCCGAGGCUAGCGCCGCCCGAGCCCAUCCAGAACCCAGUCCUCCAAACAAGCACACGAGCGGCGGUGUCUGGGGCGCAAUGCACGGGUUUUCCGCCGUCCAGCAGAUUUGCUCCCCUUGGUUCGUUCUCAUCGCGUUCUUUACAGUACUUCAGAUGCUGCGCAUCAAUUACUUUGUCGCAUCCAUUCGACAACAGUACGAGUAUCUGUUUGAUUCCGAUGAAGACGCCCGCCAUAUCAACGAGCUGUUCGACUUUCUCCUCCCAAUAGGUGGCCUCUGCGCCGUCCCGUUCAUCGGAACCAUCCUCGACUCCGUCAGCACCCCAUUUGUACUCCUCGUCCUAGCCUCAACAGCCACAGCAAUCGGCAUCUUGGGCUGCAUCCCAGAUAGCCACGGAGCCGCCUACGCAAACAUUAUUCUCUUCGUUAUCUACCGACCCUUCUACUACACAGCCGUCUCCGACUACGCGGCCAAGGUCUUCGGCUUCCAGACCUUUGGCAAAGUCUACGGCCUGAUCAUUUGCGUCGCGGGCCUCGGAAACUUCGCCCAAGCCGGCCUCGACGCUCUCACUUUCACCGUCUUCGACCGCAACCCGAUUCCCGUAAACCUCAUCCUCACAGUCCUCACUUGCGUCACCGGGUCAGCUCUCGUCGCCUUUGUUUGGCGCAAGUCAACCCUGAUGGCCGAGUACGGGCCUCCGCCUCCAACUCAUCCGAAUGAUCCCGAGAUCGCGGUCGUGGUUCAGGACUAUGACGGUGUCACAACGAGGGAUUGGGAGCAGCAGCCCUUGCUCGAGCCAAGGUCUAUCCCGUCGAGGCGACAGGGCGAGUCGCCGUCUUAUGGCAGUGUGAGGAGUCGGUAG